CCUCGCUUUCCUUAUUCUUCCAAUUUCACCAUCCUGAUCAAGUCCAGCCUUUUGUGACAUGUUCACAAAACUAGCAAUGGCGUACCCUUUGGCAAUUUUCCUGUUCGUGACUGUUUUUGUUUCUCCGGCCAUCUCUAGACAACUUCCUCCAUCAACAAUAAAAUCAUGGUGUGCACAAACCCCAUAUCCACAACCGUGUGAGUAUUUCUUGUCCCACAGCCCUAAAUACGGUCAUGGCUAUCCCAUAAAAGGCAAGUCCGAUUUUCUGAAGAUGUCACUCAAUCUUGCCUUAGAACGUGCCCUGCAUGGCCGGGAAAACACAUACAACCUUGGCUCAAAAUGUCAAAACCAGCGCGAAAAGGCUGCAUGGGCAGAUUGUCUAGAGCUUUACGAAAGCACCAUUGUCAAGAUUAACAAAACUGUUGAUCCUUACACCAAGUGCAGUGCAGUUGAUGCGCAAACUUGGCUUAGCACAGCACUCACCAAUCUUGAGACAUGCAAGCAAGGGUUCACUGAGCUUGGACGCGGUGCUGAUUUUCUUGUGCCCUUGAUGUCAAAUAGUAACGUUAGCUGUUUGAUUAGUAACACUUUGUCCCUAAACAAAGUGGGAUAUAACGAGCCAAGCUACAAGGAGGGGUUCCCAACUUGGGUGAAACCUGGUGACAGGAAACUCUUGCAGUCUUCAUCUCCAAAGCCAAAUGUUGUGGUAGCCCAAGAUGGUUCGGGCAACUUUAAGACGGUCGCUCAAGCUAUAGCUGCUGCCGCGAAGCGAUCGGGAAAUGGGAGGUAUGUGAUACACAUAAAGGCAGGAACAUAUAAGGAAAAUGUGGAGAUUGGAACUAAGUUGAAGAAUAUCAUGUUGGUUGGUGAUGGUAUUGGAAAAACCAUUAUCACCGGAAGCAAGAGCGUUGACGGUGGUAGCACCACUUUCAAAUCUGCAACAGUUGCCGUUGUCGGCGAUGGAUUCAUUGCUCGUGGGAUUUCAUUUAGGAACACAGCGGGACCUCAAAAUCACCAAGCGGUGGCUCUUCGAUCUGGUUCCGAUCUCUCUGUAUUUUACCAAUGCAGCUUUGAAGGCUAUCAAGACACCCUUUAUGUCCACUCGGAAAGACAAUUUUACAGGGAAUGUGAUAUCUACGGAACUGUUGAUUUUAUAUUUGGAAAUGCUGCUGUCGUCUUCCAAAACUGUAACAUCUAUGCAAGAAAUCCUCCGAACAAGACAAACACUAUCACCGCACAAGGUAGAACCGACCCUAACCAAAACACUGGAAUAUCCAUUCUCAAUUCCAGAGUUACCGCAGCUUCUGACUUGAAACCAGUUCAAAGCUCGGUCAAGACAUAUCUUGGAAGACCAUGGAAAGAAUAUUCAAGGACUGUGUUCAUGAAAACAUUUCUUGAUGGUUUAAUUAAUCCAGAUGGUUGGAUGCCCUGGAGUGGUAAUUUUGCUCUCAAUACGUUGUACUAUGGAGAAUAUGCUAACACAGGCCCUGGUUCAUCCACUGCAAAAAGGGUAAACUGGAAGGGGUAUCACGUGAUAACUAGUGCAACAGAGGCUUCUAAAUUCACAGUCGGAAACUUCAUUGCUGGCAGUUCUUGGUUGCCUGCCACCAAUGUGCCCUUCACAUCUGGCCUCUAAUUCAAUUCUUCCUCUAUACCCGAAAGUUCAAUUCUUUAUUUUGUUUUUAGCAUGGACAUAACGUCCACUUUCUAUUCCUGGAAAGGUCCGGAAAACUACGGAAUAGGAUUUUAGUUUGAGGAAUUGGUAUUAUCACAGUAGUACAUGUGUAUCUUUACCUAGUUAAGUUGCCAAUUAUUUCAUGCUUCUUGUAAUAAAAAUAAUGAUUGUGCUUGUAUAUCAAGUCAAUUAUGGAAAAUAUACCAAUCUUUCUGGA